CGCUCAUCGCGAUCGUAUGUCAUGUCGUGUGUUGUCAGAGAUUGAGUGGAACAGAUACAACACCUGGGCGUGGAUUGGUGUUGUACUUAGCCAUAUAUUAAACAACGACUAAAUUUACAUUGUAAUUGCGGAUAUUUUCAGUGACAGAUUUCGUUAUGAGCAGCCCACCAAAAAGGACACGGUCGUCCGUGUCAAACGACAUUCGAGAGGACAAACGCCAUUUCGCCGCACUAAUCUGUGCUAGGGGCGGUAGCAAAGGCAUUCCGCUGAAAAACAUCAAAAUUCUAGCUGGACAGCCAUUAAUAUCAUGGGCUUUACGGGCAGCCGUUGACGCCAAUGUUUAUGACAGUAUUUGGGUGAGUACAGACCAUCCAGAAAUAGCACGUAUUGCUUCAGAAUGGGGUGCACAGAUUCACAAUAGAAACCCUGAAGCUGCACGAGACACAUCGUCUGCUAUGGAAACAAUCCUUGAGUUCACAGAUCGUCAUCCUGAUAUAGAUAUUAUAUCUAUUAUUCAAUGUACUUCUCCUCUUAUACAUCCAUGGAUGUUACAAGAAGCAGUCAGAAUGAUUAGAAAUGAAGGCUAUGAUUCGGUCUUUGGUGUUACUAGAAAACAUUUAUUUAGGUGGACAGAGGCAAAGAACGGUGCUGAAACAAAGGCUGAAAACUUAGAUCCAAAGAACCGACCAAGACGCCAAGACUGGGAUGGUGAACUCUUUGAAAAUGGACAAUUUUAUAUGUUCACUAGAGAAUUACUUGAUCAGGGGCUUAUACAGGGAGGAAAAAUUGGAUAUUAUGAAAUGGAACCCCAGUAUAGCGUGGAUAUUGACACUGAUCUAGAUUGGCCAAUUGCUGAGCAGAGAGUCACAAAGUUUGGUUACUUUGGAACGGAGAAGAGAAAAGACAUCAAACUGUCGGUAUUUGAUAUUGAUGGUGUUGUCACUGAUAAUCAGGUGCAUAUUACUGAUAAAGGUGAAGAGUUUCGUUCCUAUAACUGCAGUGACCUGGAAGGUACAGAGCUACUAAAGAAAGCAGGCAUUGAAGUACGCUUUGUAUCAGAAGCUAAAAACACAGCAGGAAUAAAGGUUAUCACAGAGAAGACAGGGUGCCAGGUUGAAACUAAUGUGAAAGAUAAACUUGAAGUUCUUACUAAGUGGGUCGAUGAGAUGGGUUUGAAGUGGUCACAGGUCACAUUUAUGGGCAAUGAUGUGAGUGAUGUGCCCGCUAUGAGAAAAUCCGGUCUUGGAGCGGCACCAGCUGAUGGCCAAACUGAAGCACGCUAUGCUGCACGUUUUACUGCGACUAAUCGUGGUGGGUGUGGUGCUGUCAGACAGUUCUGUGACCACAUUUUACGACUCAUUGGAAAAACUAAAUAAUCAAUGAUUAUUUUGGUGUUUACAUAUUAUGUCUGUUCUUUCAUCUGUUUAUCACUUUGGAGUACUGCUAAAAAUUGAGCUAUAUAUAAUUUCUUGGGCAACCUUACCAUGACAUUAAUGUUGUUUAAAAAUUAUAAUUUUUUCUGAAGUGGGCUAGUUCAAAAAAAAGGUUACAUACCACAUAAUUUCUUGAAUAGGCGUCACUCUAAUUCAGGAAUCAGGGAAGAGUGAAAGGCCUUAAUUUGAUUCUAAAAGAGACGUCAC